AUGGCCAAGAACAAAUUAAGAGGGAAGAAGUCCAGGAACGUAUUUCACAUAGCCAGCCAAAACUUUAAAUCCCAAAACAAAGCAAAACCAGUCACCACUAAUCUUAAAAAGAUAAACACUGUAAAUGAUGAAAAAGUUCGUAGAAUGAAUGAUGCUUUUAUAAACAUUCAGAAGGAACUUGCAAACUUCUCAAAAAGGCUUACUCUUGAACCGCUGGAGAAAGAGCUGAAUAAUCAGCAGCAUCAUAAAAAUAAACCAGUUAAUGUUAAUGAAGCUGCAACAUUAAUGGCUCAAUUGUAG